AAGAUGUCAGCAUAGGACUUAAAAUUAAAAACUGAUGAAAGAACAAUAAUUAUUAAUUAGCAAAAAAAAACAAUUUGUCUCAUGUUUUAAAAAUGUUGAAUAAAUUUCUGGUUACGACUGUAAUUAAUAACCGUUAUUAAAUUCUGACGUACAACAGUCGUUUUAACGUCGUCAUCAAAUUACACACGAUUAGUAAUAACCUCUCGCAGUAGUUGUUUUAACGCUAAUCUGAUCUCUUCUUAUUGACGUAAACAGUUAGCAAGAUUAUAGUGACAAAAAGAAAGUCUGAGGCUUUAAAUGAAACAUGAUGUAAAGAAAAAACGUAACAAACACCGAAAAUCUGUUGAUAAAUUUGUGGUUGAAAGAAGUUUUGAAAUCAAUUUUGAAAUCGAUUUUGUGGUAUUUAACGAUGUAUUGAUAAAACUUUUAAAAAUGAAACGUUUAAGUAAAAGUGUGGUAUACAAUGUCACUGAGGACGACAAUAACAACAACAACAACAACAACAAGAAUCGAGCCUCUAGUUGUACUUUCAGCGAGUUAGUUUCAGACAUCGACACUAAAUAUACAGAUAAUUUAUACGUAGAAAAGCAUGUGCGAAUAACAGAAGAACUUCCACUAGUAUACAACCCACGGUCAUUUAGUUUACCCGAUCUUCAUCGGAUUGGUAAUCCGGAAAAAGCGGUUCAUAAACAUCCUUUAUUACAGUUUAGCAUUACAAGCUCGAGCACUGACAUUGAUGUAACUAAGUACAUCCGAAAAGAAAUUAACCAGGGCUGUAGUCCGGUUUUUAAGAGAAAAAUCUCAGUUAAAAACAGUCAUUCUGCUCCGGCUACGACUAGACUACAUUUUAAAUGGAAGAAAAAUAUCUUAACAAGGCAUCGUGGGAGAUCUUAUCCACCUAGUAAUGAAACGCAGACAAGAUAUAUACAAGAAAAUCACAGUGAAAUACAACCAAGACCUGGCUUUUUACAUAUUCUUAAAAAAUUAAAACUUUUUGGGCGAACGAAACAAGUUGAAUUUGGUGUAGUGGACAAUUCGUUCUAUGAAUCACCGCAGUUAAAAACACCACGUAUAAGAAGCAGUGUGUCGGAGAGCAAUAUAUUACUGCCAAGCAGUGAAGAUGAGUCUUAUACAAUUACUGACAAUGAAUGUUACAGACCGAUAAAUGAUACUAAAAGUGAUAUGAGCUUCUUAAAACCUGUCGAGUUAAUUCGAAUCAGAUCUUUGCCAAUCUUAUAAUUUAUUAAAAAAACUUAGCUAGGUAAAGCAUGACUAAAGAACGAUUCAUGAUGUGAAUAAAUUUGUUAAUUUAUUUUUUUACUAUGUUAAACCAGUAAUGUAGUAUUAGCUUUGUGUGUUUUCAUUGUCAAAUAAAGUAUAAAGACACAACCUCGUUCCCAGAGAUUUUCUGAAAGAUAAAAAAAAACACUGGAGGCGAGAUUAAAGAAAACAUUAAAGUCAUAACUAUGAGAAAAAUUUAAAAAAGAAAAUUAAAUACAAAAAAAGAGGUGAUUAUCUUUUAUGUAUAAAAUAUUUAUAUGAAAUAAUAAAUGAUGAAAAAUCGA